GGCUGAGCCAGGAGCAGGAGCAGGAAGCACCCUGGGAUCCUUUUGCUGGUGCCCACAGUCAACUCUGCCUCUCAAGUGAGGAGAAGCAUGACUGCAGGCUCUUCCUAAUUCUUCUGCUGGCCAUCCUCACCUUGUCCCUCUUACCUGCUCCCGACACUCACCUAUCAUGGCUAUGCCCUACUCUUUCACCAGCCUCCUCCUCCUCCUCCUUGUUGUGCCCCUUUCCCAGGCUGCAAACCAGUCCCUACUGCCCCUUGGCUCCCUGCCUGCUGUCCCCACCCUGCCCCUCCUGCAGGCCCUGCAAACACGGGCUCCAGGCAGCCCAGGCUGGCAAGCGAGGCCAGCCAGUGGGCAGCCCCUGCGCUACAUGCUGGAUCUGUACCGGCGUGCUGCUGACCGCGAAGGCCGGCCCCGCCGCAGCCGCAGCCUUGGCACCAACACCAUCCGCCUGGUCCCGGCCACUUCCCAUGGGGGUCAGCCCUGGGCAGGUCGCUGGUACUUGCAGGCCCUCACCUACCACGUGGAGAGCCAGCCAGAGGUUGAGCACCUCCUCAGAGCUACUGUGGUUUACCUGCCCAGUCUGUCACUGGCCCAUGGUCGCCUCCUCUGCGCUCUGGAGCUGGUGAUGGCUGAUGAGGCACCCAGGGUGCUGCUCAGCCCUACUGCCCGUCCCCGCCAUGGCUGGGCUGAAGUUGAUGUCACCCCUUACCUGGUGUUGGGGAACAGCAGCGUGGGGAGCCUGGUACUGCAGCAUGUCUGUGUGCGCGCUGGCCGAGCAGGAGGCCACAAUGCCUCAGUGGCCCCUGGCCACCCUUUCCUCAUUCUCUACCUUAACGAUACCCAGGCAGGGUUGGCACCUCUGUCAGCAGAGCCCCACCGGCACCGACGUGAUACAGGGACACUGGCUCAUGACCUGUCCAGCUACCUGCGGGAGCAGGGAGGGGAGAAGAGUGACUGUUCCCUCCACUCCUUCCCUGUCAGUUUUGCACAGCUGGGCUGGGACCACUGGAUCAUCGCUCCUCACCGCUACAACCCACGCUACUGCAAGGGCACCUGUCCCCACCUGCUCCGCUAUGACUACCACGCACCCAACCACGCUGUGGUGCAGAGUUUUGUCCAUCAGCUUGUGGAUGCCAGUGUGCCCCGGCCCUCCUGUGUGCCCUAUCGCUACAGCCCCAUCAGUGUCCUCAUGAUUGAGCGCAAUGGAGGCAUACUGUACAAGGAAUUCGAGAACAUGAUUGCAGAGUCCUGCACUUGCCGGUAA